ACAACUUUAGCCAAUCUAUUAUGACCACGAUAUGGUGGUGUUGCAGGUGUGCAAAGGAAAGGAUACGACUUCAUUUGUAAGCAAUGUGCUGACGGUAAAACUUGAAAGCAUGAGAUUAUCAUUCACAGCUGACUGGAGCCAAGCCAUGCGGUCCUUAUGGCUAUUUUUACUGACUUUGGACAUCUACUGUUUUGAUGCUGGGGUUGGAGCAGACCAGAGUGAAGUUGAGCAGCAUCUAGAAAUGGGAAAAAAAUUGCUUGCAGCUGGACAGCUGGCAGAUGCCCUUUCUCAUUACCAUGCUGCAGUAGAUGGUGAUCCCAAGAACUAUCUGACCUACUUUAAAAGAGCUACAGUAUACUUAGCACUGGGCAAGCCUCGGUCAGCCCUUCCUGAUCUAAAUAAAGUAUUGGAGCUUCGUCCAGAAUUCACUGCUGCUCGUGUGCAGAGGGGCAAUAUACUGCUGAAACAGGGAAACCUUAAAGAAGCACUAGAAGACUUUCAGGAAGCUGUGCGGCAAGAACCAGCAAAUGUGGAGGCACUGGAGAAAUCCAAUUUAAUCUAUCCACUUCAGCAAGAGAUUGACAAUGCCAAACUCUUGUUUAGAUCAGGCCAUUAUGGAGAGGUCAUCGAAAUAUUAGGACGUGUUGUCGAGUAUUGUCCAUGGGCUUCAGAACUACGAGAGAUGCGAGCAGACAGCUAUAUUGCAGUAGGAGAGCUCUUUAAAGCAACAGGAGAGCUGAGAACAACAGUCAAACUUAUACCAGACAAUACAAAAGGAUAUCUGCGGCUAAGUCUCCUCCACUACCAAAUGGGAGAAGAAGAAGAUUCUCUCUUACAGAUCCGUGAGUGCCUUAAACUGGAUCCAGACCAUAAGGAAUGUUUUGCCCAUUAUAAAAAAGUGAAAAAGUUGGCGAAACAGUUGUCUUUAGCCAACGAAAUGCGAAAUAAUGGACAGUAUGAAGAAUGUGUGGAGAAGAGUCAACAGAUCCUCCAAACAGAAUCAAACAUAGAUUCUUAUAGUCUCAGAGCUUUAUCCUUCAUGUGUCAUUGCUACUCAAAGCUGGGCAGUGUAAAAGAGGCAUUAAAUGCUUGCAACAAUGUUCUACAACGAGAUUCAGAAAAUCUUGAUGCUUUAAUAGACAGAGCAGAAGCACAUAUAGCAGAUGAAGAUUAUGAUAAAGCUUUAAGUGACUAUCAGAGAGCCAACGAAAUUGAUCCAGAUUCCAGAAGAGUUCGGGAAGGCCUCAGCAAGGUACAGAAACUACAGAAACAAGCAAAGAAGAGAGAUUACUACAAGAUUUUAGGUGUCAAAAGGACAGCAAGAAAAAAAGAAAUAUUAAAGGCCUACCGUAAGUUGGCUGUUUUGUGGCAUCCAGAUAAGCAUGAGGGAGAUGAUAAAGAAAAGGCUCAAAAAAUGUUUAUGGACAUUGCAGCAGCCAAGGAGGUUCUUACAGAUCCAGAGAUGCGCAAGCGGUAUGACAUGGGAGAAGAUCCCUUAGAUCCAGAACAGCAGCAGGGUGGAGGUGGACCUCAUGGCCAUCCGUUCUUCUUCCAGGGAUUUAAUCCAUUUGGUUCAGGCGGUGGAUUUAACUUCAAAUUUAACUUCAACUAAUUAAAAUGGCAUGAAUCCUGUUACUUCAUGACUAAGAACAUCUGUAGUAGUAUUUAUUUAUAGGCACAAUUAUUUCAGCAAGUGAACUACUCGCUGUGAUCUGGCCUUAGCUGCUGGCACUGCUUAAAACUCAACUAACCAACUAGUAAGUGAACUAGACUGAAAGCAUUUGUGUUAGAUAUUUACUUUUUUCCUUUAGUUUAAUCUACACAUUUAAUAGCAAAGUGCUUCUAUAAAUGAAUUUUAUUAUGUCACAUGUGAGUGAGCCUCUUGUGUAUAUUACAUCAAUCCUUCACCAUAAUUCUUCCAUGUGGAUAUUGUAAAGUUCUUUACAUAAAAGCAAUCUGAUUUUUAAACAUUAUUAGGCCCACAUUUUUUAUUAAGUAAAAUAGUAAGGAAAUGAUAUUUCUGUCAGCUUUAAAUCUUCACACCAUUUUUUUUUUUCUAGUAUAUGUUGCUGUCAGAGUCAGUACUUUUCUAGAUUUGAGUUCUCUCUUGUAAGCAGAAAUGAAAAGUCGUACUGAGUGAAAUGAUUAUGGAUUGCAAGUUGAUUGUAAAAUGCAGAUUUGGAUUUUAAUAUCAAAAUUCAGGACUCCUAUUUAAUGUUUUGAACCCAAGGAAUUCAGUGCUUAUGCGCAGGGGUGUCAAACACCUGGUCCACCAUGAAAUUUUACCUGGCCCGCGAAAGAAUUUUAGUUAACCAUUGUUAAUGGCCUGGCGACAAUUAGAAGGCAAACAACAGAAAAGUUCACGUCGAGCACAGCAAGCAAUGGGAUGAGUUUAUUAAAGUUUGUAUAGACCACCAACAGCGCACUGGUCAAGUUACCACCGCUCCUGUUACUGACCUGAAGGGAUGGGAUAAACUUGUUGCAUUUACAACAGAUGGAGCGCCAGCGAUGUGCGGCCCACAUAGUGGACUAGUUGCAAGGAUGCGGUCACAUAUCCAAGAAAAUUGUAAUGGGGAGUUGAUAGCAUAUCUCUGCAUAAUGCACCAAGAAUCGUUGUGUGCUCAAGUCCUCAACAUGGAGCAUGUAAUGAGCACUGUAACACAAACUGUCAACUUCAUCAGAGCCAAAGGGUUCAAUCCCUUCCUGGUUCAGUCCUUUGUGCAGGAAAUAGAUUCACAGUGGGGCGGCAGGUAGUAUCACACAGAAGUCCGGUAGCUAAGUCGGGUCAAAGUUCUCACUCGAGUUUUUCAGCUGAUUGGGGAAAUCUGUCAGUUCAUGGACAGCAGAGGAAAAGACUCCACUGUCUUGCAGGAUGAAAAGUGGAAAUGUAAGUUGGCAUUUCUGUGUGACAUAACCACUCAUCUCAGCACCUUGAACCUGCAGCUCCAAGGACUGGGCCACUUGAUAACGGACAUGCAUGAUGCAGUGAAGGCAUUUCAAAUGAUGUUGUUCUUAUGGGAAACACAAAUGAACCAAAUCAACUUGUUUCACUUUCCUUGCUGCAAAACAGUGAUGGACAAAGUCAGCGCCAAGUGUUCCCAAAUGCACAUUUCCUGAAAAACUGAACUCACUUCGUGCUGAGUUUAAACGCAGUUUCAGUGACUUUGAGGAGCAGAAAAACAAUUUCCAACUCUUUCACAACCCAUUUUCCAUCGACGUGGAAACUGUACCAAUGCAUUUGCAGAUGGUACUCCUAGAACUGCAGUGUAAUGAGUCACUGAAGGCAAAGUAAGACUGUGUGGGGCCUGCACAGUUCACUCAUUCCCUCCCACAAACGAUGCCCCAGCUUCGUCUACAUGUGGCUCGACUCUUGAGCAUGUUUGGCAGCACAUAUUUGUGUGAGCAACUUUCUCUGUGAUGAAGAUCAACAAAACAUCACACAGGAGUUGUCUUACUGAUGUACACUUGCAGUCCAUCCUGAGAAUCUCCACAAC